AUGGGAGACCAGUUUCAGAGUACAGAUGAGGGGGCCCAGGCAGGAGUGGUGGGGGACUUCAACCAUGUGGAGCGCUGCAAGGACUCUCUAUACAUGGGCACUCCACCCAGAGGCUACCUCAGCAACUCCUUUACGAGGAUCUGCCAGAGGUAUGAGAAUAAACCCCGCUAUGUCACCCUGUACGACACCCACAAACACAUCCCCAUCUAUUCGGCCUAUACAUUCAAAAAGUCCGAUGGGGAGAAGAAGGUGGACUUCCCGUGGAUGUUUGAGCCCCAGCUGGCCUCAGAAAAAAGCAGCAGUAACAUGGAGCCAUUCCCCCAAUCUUCAAACAUGCAUAUGAACUUUGAGGACACCCAGGCAGUCCUGGAGGACUACGCUGACGUGGUUCAGUACGAGCGUGGCCAGCUAAAUCCUGACGAGCAUCAGUCUGACCCUCUGGACAAAGCCUCUACCUACAGCUUGACUAACGUGGUACCCCAGAUCAGGGAGUUCAACAUGGGUCCCUGGGCCGGACACCAGGAUCUCAUCCGCAAACGUCUCAACAACUACUGCCGUGGCAAAGCCUUCGUGGUCACCGGGGUCACCACCUCCGGGCACACGAUCCGUCGCAACAACCUGGACCGGGUGGCUGUACCCGAGUACAUGUGGUCGGCCUACUGCUGCAUUGAGUUUGACCAAAAUGCGCCAUACUUUGUGCGCUACAAGUUCCCCGUGUUUGCCGCUUAUGGGAUGAACGAUCGUGUCAACAACCACAUGGUGGAAGUUCCUCUCAAGAACCUGGAGAAAUUUCUCAAGGGGAGAAUGGAUGUGGAUAAGAACUUCCAGAUUUUCUAUAAUGACUGUGUGCCAGAUAACUGAGAUAAAGUGGGUGUGAUCUCUGUAAUAAUCAUCAUAAAAGUUUAAAAUGUGUUAGAAAUUUACUUUUACACUGUGGAAA